GAGAGUUGAGACUCGCCACACCACCUCUUUAUCAACACAGAAUGCGAAGCUUCUCUUUCCCAUCAUUAUUACUCUCUUCCUCUAACAACUUUUGCUCCCAUGUCCUUAACUCCUUGAGCUCCUCAUCAAUCACUCAAAACAAGUCGAACAUGGAGCUCUUUGAUCUUGAAGAACACAACCCAGAUUCUAUCCCAGAUCUAUUUGCCUCAGAAACCGAUCACAUGCCCUCACAGAACUUCUUAACCAGCUCCAUACACUCGGAUUUCUACUGCUCAUUUCGACUCGAGGCCAUUUCUCUGUUUUUACAGGCACAGUAUUCCUCCAACCUUGACCCUUUCAUUCCUUACCUUGCCAUUGACUACAUGGAUCGGUUCAUUUCCAAGCAAAACAUUCCGCAAGGAAAGCCUUGGGUUUCAAGACUUGUUGAAGUCGCCUGCCUGUCUCUAGCUGCAAAAAUGAAGAACACUUCAUUCUCAUUCUCUGAUUUUCAGAGAAGAGAAGAAGGUUUCAUGUUUGAGGCGCAAACGAUUAACAAAAUGGAGCUUGUGAUUCUCGACACUUUAAAUUGGAGGAUGAGAUCAAUAACUCCUUUCUCCUUUCUACAUUUCUUUGUCUCUUUGGUGGACAUAAAUGAGCGACCACUCACUCAAGCCCUCAAAAGUCGAGCUUCAGAUGUCAUCUUCAAUGCCCAUAAUGAAAUCAAAUUCGUUGAGUUUAAGCCAUCGGUAAUUGCGGCAUCGGCGGUUUUGUUUGCGAGUCAUGAGCUACUCCCAUUGCAGUUUCCUAGUUUAAAAGUUUCAAUAUCAUCUUGCCAAUAUGUAAAUAAAGAGAGUUUGUUGAAAUGCUUGAACCUAAUGCAAGAAAUGAUAGUGAAUGAAGGGUACGACUCAGUUUUAGAUACUCUGUCAUGCACAACUAGAACUCCAAUGAGCGUGCUGGACCAUCGUUACUUCUCUAGCUCCGAAAGCGAGGUUAAUAGCACCGGUGCCACCACCACCACCGCUGCGGCCGCAGCAUAUGCUGAUUCUAGUACUAGUAGUGUAAUGGUGGCAGAGAAGAGAGACAGCAAGCGGCGUAGAUUGAAUGGUUUUUGUACAAGUGAAAAUAGGUUUCAGGUUUCUUCUCAUCAUUUUCAACAUUGUUAGUUGAUUCAUUUGCUAAUUUCUUGUCUAAGCCGAGAUUAUAUAUAAUAAUUGGCCUCACUCCGAAUCAGAAAGCUGAGCCAAACAUUUUGAUUGUUAUUGUUUGAAGCGUACUAGAGGAGGAAGGAAACUCAGUGUUAGUCUGUUAGAUAGUAGUACUAGCUUAUCCUGCUGUUCUCAGAAUACAGGGGAAAAAAAAACAGAGCCAAUAUUGUUUGAUG